AUGUGCCAAUACUACGCUCACGCCUUCACGUGCAAGCACCUCUCCUUCACGUUCGCCCGCUUCUGUCAACCCGCGAGCCUCAUCCAGAAACCCUGCGCCAAACGGCAGGUAUGGCAGACCAUUGGCCUCGACGACGCCUGUGAGGAGUGCUUGACUUGGUUCCCUGACCAGUACCCGUGCCGGAGACCGCGGUAUCAGUGA